UCUUCGGUCUCCCUCGCCCCUUCUCCAGUGUCUCUAGCCUCCAGCGUCUCUCUGCUCUUUCAACUCUGAGCUCCGCCGAGUGAGCUACAAGCUGAGACCUAGAGGAGGUGGCAGGGGAGGAGAUCUGCUUGGAGCGCAGAGCUCGCCUUCGGGGAAAACCCCACUCCCUGUGCUGGAAACAGUGAUCUAGAGGCAAGAGUCACAAGAAGCUGCCAAGCGACGGAGGCGGCAGCAGCCAGAGGGCAUCUUCCAGGAUCUGCCUCCUCCAAAUACCGGAGCAGAACACAAGGGAUUUGUUGGAUUUCUCCAAAGUGGUGUGGGAGUCUUGUAAGGGUCUCCAUUUGGGCAGUUCCUUUAGCUGUUGUGGCUUUCUUUCUGUCUUUCCACCCUUUCUCUGGAAGCAGUGUUAGCAGAGUGGAGUGACUGGAUCCGUAUGGGCUAAGGGGGAAGGGAUAGCAUGACGUAUGGGACACAAACGAAACCCAGACGGUUGGAAAAAAGACUAGGGAAGCGUCCCGGUCCCAAUCUCCCGAACCCUCUUCACAUUUAUGACUCCGAAAGCUGGACCGGUCCCUCCAGCGCCCUGGAGACGGUCUGGGAUGCUUGCGAUGUCCGGGAAAGGAAAUUGAUGGUGCCCUUCAGUUCCUCUGGAAUGAGUUUGCUUUGACUUCCCUUCCCCCAAUCCCCACUGUUUCCUGGGACACUUCCAUCCUGACCUGCCUAAGAAAGAAUUGCCAUGCACCAGGAAGAGAAAAGAAAAAAAGGAAAAAUAGCUACCUUGUUGAAAGAGAUUCUUUGUCUCUCAUUUGGCUGGUUGGCUUCAUGAUGGGCAGAGGAGAGAUUCCCAGGUGACUGAAGAGAGAAAAAAAUGUUAGGUUUCACAGGUUGUAAUGCAAUGAUCAGAUAACUUUAAUAAAAGAAGGCAUGAAAAAUGCAUGAUUUUGUCAUAAUAUAUUGACAACAAACCUUCAGACAGCAGUCAACAAAGGCCAGAAAACCUGCAAUUAUGCCAACUACGAAGGACUUGUGAAAAUUGUUCAGUGCUGUUUGUUUCCCUAAAAGUGGGAGAAGAUAGAUUUCAAGGCAUGGAGGCUAUAAAAUCAGGAAGGAAAGGAGCAGUAAUUCUAACCACCAAGUUCACUGUAGGAAAUUCAAUACUUUCCUUGAAUCUAUAAAAAAGGAAAAAAAUCAUAUUCACAUCAUUAGUGUGAUAAUGACUUCAAAAUUGUAUUUUGGAACACUUUUAUUAUUUUAUUUUUUAAAAAGUAUGUGCUUUUAACUAGUGAUAUAAACUCAAGUCUUGUGGUACAGAGGAAAUGAUCAACUCUUUACAUAUGUUGUGGCAAGAUUUACUGGCUUUAAGGUUCCUUGAGUUUUAGUGGUGAUAUUUGUGUCGGGCACACAGAUAGAGAAUGUAAGUUCUCACUUCUCCAGACUUCACUUAUUUUGGGUGAGUUUUACAUCAGCUGAAUCUCACAGUAGAAGAUUUACGUGUUUUUUUAACAAGGCCUUAAAUGUACAUUUUUAUAGUCAGUAGAUGAGUCAAUGUAAUGAGCAAUAUGCUUGACAUGUAUGCCUGAAGGAAAGGAACUGCCUAAUGGAUCAUGGCGCUAAUGUUUACAAGACAUUUCGUAUUUCUGUUAGUGUUAGUGAUGUUUGUUCACUCCAGUUUUGAAGAAUCUAUAAGCAAUUAUUCUGAAUGGGCUGGUUUUGCAGAUGAUAUUGAUCAAUAUAAGACACAGCAAGUUCAAGAUUUCAAUUACAACCAAAAACUGAAAAAAGGGAGUUUCCAUCCAAGUUUAUAUUUUGAUGCUAGAGACAUCCAAGCACUGAGGCAAAAGUCUCGCACAAGCCAUUUGCAUCUUUUUAGAGUUAUCAGAAGUGCAGUUACAGUGAUGCUGUCCAACCCAACAUACUACCUACCUCCACCCAAGCAUGCUGAUUUUGCUGCAAAGUGGAAUGAAAUUUAUGGUAAUAAUCUCCCUCCCCUAGCAUUUUAUUGUUUGCUGUGCCCAGAUGACAAAGCUGCCUUUGAAUUUGUCUUAGAAUACAUGGAUAGGAUGGCUGGCUACAAAGACUGGCUAGUUGAGAAUGCGCCAGGGGACGAGGUACCACUUGGCCACUCUUUAACAGGUUUUGCCACUGCCUUUGACUUCUUAUACAACUCAAUUGAUAAUCACAGAAGACAAAAGUACCUGGAAAAGAUAUGGGCUGUCACUGAGGAAAUGUAUGAAUACUCUAAGGUUCGCGCAUGGGGAAAACAACUUCUCCACAACCACCAAGCCACAAAUAUGUUGGCACUACUCACUGGCGCCCUGGUGACUGGAGUGGAUAAAGGAUCUCAAGCAAAUAUAUGGAAACAGGUGGUAGUGGAUGUGAUGGAAAAGACCAUGUUUCUACUCAAUCAUAUUGUGGAUGGCUCUUUGGAUGAAGGUGUAGCCUAUGGAAGUUAUACUGCGAAGUCUGUCACACAGUAUGUUUUCCUGGCCCAGCGUCACUUUAAUAUCAAUAAUCUUGAGAACAACUGGUUAAAAAUGCACUUUUGGUUUUAUUUUGCUACACUCUUACCAGGUUUUCAGAGAACAGUGGGUAUAGCAGAUUCCAACUACAACUGGUUUUAUGGGCCAGAGAGCCAGCUAGUAUUCUUGGACAAGUUCGUGUUAAAGAGUGGAGCUGGCAAUUGGCUAGCUCAGCAAAUUAGAAAGCACCGUCCUAAAGAUGGUCCAAUGGUUCCUUCCACUGCCCAGCGGUGGAGUACUCUUCACACUGAAUAUAUCUGGUAUGAUCCAGAGCUAACUCCACAACCUCCUGCUGACUAUGGUACUGCUAAAUUGCAUGUAUUCCCUAACUGGGGGGUAGUCACUUAUGGGGCUGGCCUGCCGAACACACAAACCAACACUUUUGUGUCUUUUAAAUCUGGGAAACUGGGUGGCCGAGCAGUCUAUGAUAUAGUUCACUUUCAGCCAUAUUCCUGGAUUGAUGGUUGGCGAAGCUUCAACCCAGGUCAUGAACACCCUGACCAAAACUCUUUUACUUUUGCUCCAAAUGGGCAGGUGUUUGUUUCUGAAGCCCUCUAUGGGCCCAAAUUAAGCCACCUCAAUAAUGUUCUUGUGUUUGCCCCAUCACCCUCAAGCCAGUGCAAUCAACCUUGGGAGGGCCAGCUUGGAGAAUGUGCGCAGUGGCUCAGGUGGGCAGGUGAAGAAGUUGGUGAUGCUUCUGGAGAAAUUAUAACAGCCUCCCAGCAAGGGGAAAUGAUGUUUGUGAGUGGGGAGGCUGUGGCUUCUUAUUCUUCUGCAAUGAAACUGAAAAGUGUGUAUCGUGCUUUGCUUCUCUUAAACUCCCAAACCUUACUCGUUGUAGAUCACAUCGAGAAGGAAGAGGAAUCUCCAAUUAAUUCCGUCAGUGCCUUUUUUCAUAAUCUGGAUAUUGAUUUUAAAUAUGUCCCAUACAAGUUUAUGAACCAGUAUAAUGGAGCCAUGAUGGAUGUCUGGGAUGCCCAUUAUAAAAUGUUUUGGUUUGAUGAUCAUGGCAAUAGCCCCAUAGCAACAAUACAGGAAGCUGAACAAGCUGCUGAGUUCAAGAAACGGUGGACUCAGUAUGUGAAUGUAACAUUUCAGAUGGAAACCACCAUAAGCCGAAUUGCUUAUGUAUUUCAUGGACCCUAUGUCAAUGUUUCCAACUGUAGAUUUAUUGAUAAUUCUAAAUCUGGACUUCAGAUUUCACUAAAUGUCAACAAUAGUGACCAUGUUGUUUCCAUUGUAACAGAUUACCGAAAUCUCAAGAUCCGAUUCAAUUAUCUAGGAUUUGGUGGCUUUGCUAAUGUAGCAGAUCGAGACCAAAUUACCCAUUUUGGUUUAGGCACUGAAACUAGAGAACUACCAAUAAGGAAUAAUAAUGUUGCUUUCCCCUUUGGUUUUAAAAUCAAUAUGAUAGUGGGUUUGAUUUUGGGUGUGAGUUUGAUGAUUUUAGCUUUUCAGUGGAGAUUUUACCUUUCAUUUAGUAAACUAAUGCGUUGGAUCCUAGUCAUGGUUAUAACGUUGUGGUUCAUUGAAUUGCUGGAUGUGUGGAGUACUUGCACACAGCCUAUCUGUGCCAAAUGGAGCAGUGACAUGAUGAGCACAGAGGCCAAGACAAGCAAAAGAGCCAAGCACUCUGAAGGACACCCCGUUGCUCUGCCAGAUGUUGUCAUUACCUCACUCCCUAGUUCAGGAGCUGAAAUCCUAAAGCAGCUCUUUUUCAACAGCACUGACUUUCUGUACAUUAGAGUCCCUACAACCUACCUUGAUAUCCCUGAGACUGAAUUUGAAAUAGACUCAUUUGUAGAUGCCUGUGAAUGGAGUAUGUCAGAUAUCCAGGGUGGUCAUUUCCGUUUGCUCAGAGGCUGGCUUCAAUCUCUAGUCCGGGACACAAAACUGCAUUUACAAAACAUUCAUCUGCAUGAACCCAGUAGAAGUAAACUAACUCAGUACUCCACAAUUAACAAAGACAAAAAAAGAAAAUUAAAAAGGAGAGAGUCUUUGCUGGAACAAAGAAGUAGAAUCAAAGGCACUUUAGACAGAGAUGCUGAAUACAUUAGAGACCUAAGGAGACACCUUGUCUUUUACCCAAGUGCACGUCCUGUACUCAGUUUAAGCAGUGGAAGCUGGACAUUAAAGCUUCAUUUCUUUCAAGAAGUUAUAGGGCCUUCCAUGAGGGCAUUGUAUAUUGUAAGGGACCCUCGGGCAUGGAUCCACUCAAUGCUGUACAAUAGCAAACCAAGCCUUUAUUCCUUAAAGAAUGUACCUGAGCACUUAGCUAUGCUAUUUAAGGUACAAAGACACAAAGACAAAUGCAACUUGAAUUCAGGCUAUGCUUUUGAAUAUGAGUCAUUGAGGAAAGAGCUAUCUGAUCCCAAAUCAAAUCCAGUGUCCUUACUGGCUCAUUUGUGGCUAGCAAACACAGCUGCAGCACUGAGAAUCAAUAAGGAUUUGCUGCCAACCAAUUAUCAGCUGGUCAGAUUUGAAGAUAUUGUGAAUUUCCCACAGAAGACAACUGAAAGGAUUUUUGCCUUUCUUGGUAUUCCUUUAUCUCCUGCUAGUUUAAACCAAAUAUUGUUUGCUACUUCCACAAACCUUUUCUAUCUUCCUUAUGAAGGGGAAAUAUCACCAACUAAUAUUAAUAUUUGGAAACAAAACAUGCCUACUGAGGAAAUUAAGCUGAUUGAGGACAUCUGCUGGACGAUAAUGGAUCUUCUAGGAUAUCCAAAGUUUACGGACUGAAUGCUGCAGGUCGGCAGUCAUUUGCACUAAUGAUUUCCAACCCAAUUUGUGGAUAAGAAUUAGAAGAGUUUGUUUAUUCUUGUAAAAUGUGUGUGUGUAUAGUCUGUUACUUGCACAGAGAGAUUAUUUUAAAAACAGACACCAUAUUUGGCCUCACAGGAUUUAUUUUGACUUUAAAAC